UCUCCCAUCUAAUCACACUGGGCUUCUUUGGCCAUGCCCUCAGCUGUCCAGAGGGUCUGAGGAGGAGCUCCAUGAUGUAGAUGGAGAGAUGGAGGGACUUGCCAGUCAUCAUCUGUGGGCCUAGAGAGAACUAUUCAUCCAUCAAAGCCCCUGCACAAGGGCUCCGUCUUCUGUGCUGCCUUCAGCCUGGGGCCCCUCAAAGACCAUGCCCUCUGGAAUCCUUGCCUCAUCCCACUGACACCGCCAUCACCUUUGGUGCUCCUCUACCAGCUUCCUGUGAAAUUGAUGAACCUGACCCUAUCUUGGCGACUGACCUUGCUCUGUAGCUGGGCUUGGUGGCCUCAGUGGAGGUGACUGAGAGGAAUUCAGGGACCCUCGGGUCAAGGCCGCGUGGUGAUGAUGGUGAUCGCUGGGGCAGGAUCCUGACGAUAUAGGAAGCAGGAUCGCAGACGCCAACCGUGACGAAUCUGGGACGCUUUGGCCCGAGGGCGGGGGCUUUGAGGCAGGCGCCCCCACCUACCCCCGCGUGGCCGGGGCACGGCAGGAGGGGGCGCCCGCGGCCCUCCCGGCGCCCGGGCGGGACAAAGGCCGGAGCCCUGGCCCCUCCCCAGCGGGUGCGGCGGCGUUAGCCGGCGCUUAGAGAGUCCGCGCAGCCGGGCUGGUGCCCGGGGCGACCCCGGCGCCCCGCCUGCCGCCGCCUGACUUCUCGGCGCCUGAGGUCGCGCGCGCCUAGGCGUGGGCGGCCGGGGAUCUCCAAGCGCCGGCGCGUCCUCCUCCAGUCCGCCCAGCGCCCGCCCGCUCGGCGGCGAGGGAGGAGGCGGAGACGGCUGGCAGGCGGCGGCCAGGCGAGCGCGGCGGCGGGACUGGGGCCAUGGCGCCCGUGCAGCGCCCGCUGCUGCCGGUGCUGCUGCUGCUGCUCCUGUCGCCGGCGCCGGCGCCCGUAGCGCGCGCCGAGGACGCCACCCGCGCCAACUCGGACCGCUACGCCGUCUACUGGAACCGCAGCAACCCCAGGUUCCAUGUGGGCACGGCCGACGACGGCGGGGGAUACACCGUUGAGGUGAGCAUCAACGACUACCUGGACAUAUACUGCCCGCACUACGGGGCGCCGCUGCCGCCGGCCGAUCGCAUGGAGCACUACGUGCUGUACAUGGUCAACGGCGAGGGCCACGCCUCCUGCGACCACCGGCAGCGCGGCUUCAAGCGCUGGGAGUGCAACCGGCCCGCGGCGCCCGGGGGCCCGCUCAAGUUCUCCGAGAAGUUCCAGCUCUUCACGCCCUUUUCGCUGGGCUUCGAGUUCCGCCCGGGCCACGAGUACUACUACAUUUCUGCCACGCCACCCAGUGCUGUGGAUCGGCCAUGCCUGCGGCUGAAGGUUUAUGUGCGGCCCACCAACGAGACCCUGUAUGAAGCCCCUGAGCCCAUCUUCACCAGCAAUAACUCAUGCAGCAGCCUGGGCAGCUGCCAGCUAUUCCUCAGCACUGUCCCUGUGCUCUGGACGCUCCUGGGCUCCUAGUCCCGGCCUGCAGGAUGCCGGCACCACCUGGCCGGCCGCCUCCGAGACCAAAUAGAGACGCCUGCCUCUCCUACAACUGGUGCUGCCCCCACCUGCAGGGGGCCAUCUACCCACCCCAGGACCAGCCUCAGGGGGAGGGUGCAGCUGCAGACCCUGAUGCCCAAGGGGCCGGUGUCAGUAUAGCCUCUGGACAGGCAAUCUCAUCAAGGGCACUGGAGAACAAGAGACCCUGUCGGCGAUGUUGGUUUUUUCUUUUAGUGUAUUUUUCAUGGUUGGAUCAGAAAGAUUUGAGUUUUUAAUUUAAUUUAUUCCUUGCUGUUGCCAGUGACUUUAGGAAGGAAAUAGAAUGGAUGGGGCAGGGUUCCCUGGCCCCCUGGGGGAUGGGGAUCUGGGACCCCUAGUCUGAUUGCUCCAUUUGUUGGGUCCUGGCUGGGAGGCUACCGUGGACCCCUCAGGUGCCCCAGGACAAGCCAGCCCAAGGUAGAAGGUGAGACCUCUGGAUUCCGGCUCAGGUAUCUGAGCUCAUCUCAGACCCCAGUCCCCCAGCCCAUCCUCCUCGCGCCUGGUGAUUGACUCCCAAGUGUUUCAUCAGAGGCCACUAUGGAGUCCCAGCCUCCUUGGAAUCACAGUGCCCCACCCCAUCCCCCAGCUUCACACGAUUGACCCCGAGGCCAAGAAGACAUUACAUUUUUGUAAAUAGAGCCAGCAAGUAUAUACUGUGAUUUAUUUUCACUGUAUUCCUGAGGAUGGACUGGACAAUUCUUUUUUUUUUUUCACCUCUUCAUGGAGGCGGGGGGGGGGGGUGACUUUUUAGAGUAGAAGCUGCACUUCGCAAUAAGCUUGUUCGUUUGUUGGACCCCCCCCCACUCUAUGACUAAUAAUGUUUAUAAGAAAAAAGAAAACAGGAUAAAACAAAAUGAAAUGAGGGAUGGAACCACCACCAAAAAAAACCAAAAAACAAAACCCCUCUCGAAGACACUUUCAUGAAGCAAACAGUGCAUUUAUACAGAUUUCAUAUUUCUAUCCACCUUUCCUGAUCUGUGUUUUAUAUAUAUUAUAUAUAAAUAUAUACGGUGCCUGGCCACCGGGAGACAGCCCGGCUCGCCAGCUGGGGGGCUUUUGUCAGCAUUGGUGGUGGUGGCAUUACCACUCCUAGAGCUGGCAACAGGGCCCCCCCACCCCCCUGUCACAAUCAACUUUGGAUUCUGUAUUUUUUUAUAAUAAA